CGGCGCGCCCCGCGCCCCCCGCGCCCUGCCGUCGCCCCCCGCGCCCGAGCCGCCAUGCCGCGCCCGCCCGCGCUCGCCCCGGCCGCGGGGCUGCUGCUGGCCGGGCUGCUGCUGUGCGGCGGCGGGGUCUGGGCCGCGCGAGUUAACAAGCACAAGCCAUGGCUGGAGCCCACCUACCAUGGCAUCGUCACCGAGAACGACAACGCGGUGCUGCUGGAUCCGCCGCUGAUCGCCCUGGACAAGGAUGCGCCCCUGCGCUUCUCGGAGAGUUUUGAGGUGACAGUCACCAAGGAAGGUGAGAUCUGUGGAUUUAAAAUUCACGGGCAGAAUGUCCCCUUUGACGCCGUGGUCGUGGAUAAGUCCACGGGCGAGGGCCUCAUCCGCUCCCGGGAGAAGCUGGACUGUGAGCUGCAGAAGGAUUACUCCUUCACCCUGCAGGCCUACGACUGCGGCCAGGGGCCCGACGGCGUGGGCGGCAAGAAGUCCCAUAAGGCCGCCGUGCACAUCCGGGUGAACGACGUGAACGAGUUCGGGCCCGUGUUCAAGGAGAAGUCGUACAAGGCGACGGUGGCGGAGGGCAGGCAGCCCGACCGCAUCCUGCGCGUGGAGGCCGUGGACGCCGACUGCUCCCCGCAGUUCAGCCAGAUCUGCAGCUAUGAGAUCGUCACGCCCGACGUGCCCUUCGCCGUGGACAAGGACGGUUACAUCAGGAACACGGAGAAGCUCAACUACGGGAAGGAGCAUCAGUACAAGCUGACGGUCACGGCCUACGACUGCGGGAAGAAGAGGGCCGCCGAGGACGUGCUGGUCAAGAUCAGCGUCCGGCCCACCUGCACGCCCGGCUGGCAAGGGUGGAGCGACAGGCUCGAGUAUGAGCCGGGCACCGGCGCCCUGACCCUCUUCCCCAACCUCCACCUGGAGACCUGCGGCGAGCCCGUGGCCUCCGUGCAGGCCACGCUGGAGCUGGAGACGGGCCACAUCGGCAAAGGCUGCGACCGCGACACCUACUCUGAGAAGUCCCUGCACCAGCUCUGUGGCGCAGCGUCGGGUACCACCGAGCUGCUCCCCGCGCCCAGCAGCACCGCCAACUGGACGCUCGGGCUCCCCACCGACAAUGGCCACGACAGCGACCAGGUGUUCGAGUUCAACGGCACGCAGGCGGUGCGUGUCCCCGACGGCGUCGUCUCUGUGCGCCCCGAGGAGCCCUUCACGCUGUCUGUGUGGAUGCGGCACGGGCCCUUCGGCCGCAAGAAAGAGGCCAUCCUCUGCAGCUCUGACCGGACGGACAUGAACCGACACCAUUUCUCGCUCUCCGUGCACGGCUGCCGCCUCAUUUUCCUGCUGCGCCAGGAGCCGGUGGCGGAGAAGAAGUACAAGCCCGCGGAAUUCCACUGGAAGCUCAAUCAGGUCUGUGAUGAGGAGUGGCAUCACUACGUGCUCAACGUGGACCUCCCGAGUGUGACUCUCUAUGUGGAUGGCGCCCCCCACGAGCCCUUCUCUGUGGCCGAAGACCGCCCGCUCCACCCAUCCCGGAUCGAGACGCAGCUGGUGGUCGGGGCUUGCUGGCAAGAGUACUCAGGCGUUGAGAGUGAGAAUGACACGGAGCCUGGGCCUCCGGCCCCCACAGGUGGUGACCUGCGCAUGGCACAGUUCUUCCGGGGGGACCUGGCCGGCCUGACCCUCCGGGCGGGGAAGCUGGCCGACAAGAAGGUCAUCGACUGUCUGUACACCUGCAAGGAGGGGCUGGACCUGCAGGCCCCGGAGGACGGUGGCCACGGCGUGAAGAUCCAGGUCAGCCACAGCCGCUCGGCGCUGACGGUGGCGAGCGAGGACGUCGGGGAGCUGGAGAAGGCCCUGCAGCGCGCCGCCUACCUCAACUCCCGCCAGUUCCCCACGCCCGGGACCCGCAGCCUCCGCCUCAGCAGCUCCGCUCAGUGCUUCAAUGAGGCGGCCUGCAUCUCCAUCCCGCCGCUGGACGCCGCCGUCAUGGUGCUGCAGCCCGAGGAGCCCAAGAUCAGCCUGAGCGGCGUCCACCACUUCGCGCGCGCCGCUUCCGAGUUCGAGAGCCCCGAGGGCGUCUUCCUGUUCCCCGAGCUGCACAUCAUCAGCACCGUCACCAGGGAGGUGGAGCCCGAGGGGGACGGUGGCGAGGACCCCACAGUGCAAGAGUCGCUGGUGUCCGAGGAGAUCGUGCACAACCUGGACUCGUGCGAGGUGACGGUGGAGGGCGACGAGCUGAGCCCGGAGCACGAGCGCCUGGAGGUGGACACGGGCCGCCUGCAGCAGAGGGGCCUCGGCGUGAGCAGCUCUGACCUGGGCGUGGUCUUCACGGGCGUGGACACCAUGGCCAGCUACGAGCAGGCCCUGCGCCUCCUGCGCUACCGGAACUGGCACACCAGGUCCCUGCUGGACCGCAAGUUCAAGCUCGUCUGCUCGGAGCUCAGCGGCCGCUAUGUCAGCAACGAGUUCCAGGUGGAGGUGAACGUGAUCCACACGGCCGACCCCGUGGACCACGCCAGCCACAUGGCCGCGCAGCCACAGUUCGUCCACCCCGAGCACCGCGCCUUCGUGGACCUCUCGGGCCACAACCUGGCCAACCCGCACCCGUUCGCAGUGGUCCCCAGCACAGCCACCGUGGUGAUCGUGGUGUGCGUCAGCUUCCUGGUCUUCAUGAUCAUCCUGGGCGUGUUCCGCAUCCGCGCGGCCCACCAGCGCACCGUGCGCGACCAGGACGCAGGCAAGGAGAACGAGAUGGACUGGGACGACUCCGCCCUCACCAUCACCGUGAACCCCAUGGAGACUUACGAGGACCAGCACAGCAGUGAGGAGGAGGAGGAGGAGGAAGAGGAGGAAGAGGAGAGCGAGGACGGGGAGGAGGACGACGACAUCACCAGCACCGAGUCGGAGAGCAGCGAGGAGGAGGACGGCGGCCGCGGGGAGCAGCCCCGCGGGAACCGGCAGCAGCAGCUGGAGUGGGAUGACUCGACCCUCAGCUACUGAGCCCACCCUGUACAAAGCCCCUCUAAGGAACCCGCCCCUGCUUGGUGUAGGCCUAGCCCCCCCCCCCGCCCCCGCAUCUCUAAGUUAUGGGCCCUGGCCCCGCCAGGAAGCCGCCACCACACAUUCGUGGACCAAGGGUUGGAAUCGCUCUCUCCUACCUGGUGACCCUUUUUUCUUUUCUUUCUUUUUUUUUUAAAAAGAAGUGUUUAUUUUUUCCAAACUAGUGCAUGUAUAAAAUGGCAGAACGGGGGUUAAUGUGUAGAUGACAAACUGACUUUUUAAUAUUUUGUAAAUAAACUGGGAUUCCUCACGUCCUUUGCCCUAGUGUGACCCAGGGCUGGAAGCAGGCUGGGCUGGGGCACCCAGGGCAGGAGCCCCACAGCCCCCCCGUUGCCCCUCAGCGUGGUGUGGGCUGGGCUGUUGGGCAGAGAUGGGGUGCCCUGCUUGCUCCCUGGAGGUGGGGGACCCAUCAUUUGGAAACUGGUAGCGAUUGAGUCUGAUCUUUGAUGUUCCGGCCUCUUGAUGGGGGGGUGGGGGCGGGCGCUGGGGUCCCUUCUGCCCCUGCUCUGAGGAGGCAGGUGUGGACUGCCCGCCUGCUUGGAGACCCCCCCCAGCUCCGGUUGCCAGCUCGAGGGGGUAGGAGGGAGGCGGGCCUGGCCGGAGCACCCAACCCCGCCGGGCCGGGCCGCGUGUGGCUCUGUGCUGUCGUCGCUGUAGUGCUGUGUAACUGAGAGCAGGUGCCCGCAUCGUGUACAGGGUGACGGGUCCGCGUGCGCUCCCCCAAUAAAGCUGCGGUUCUAACCAGA